AAACGCCAUAGUUGAACAAAACAAUCUCUAGACAGAGAAAGUCAAAGUGACACACAAAAAUCAAAAUCGUUUCAUUGUGAAAUCAUCAAGUGAUAAAAUGCAAAAUAAAGCGAAAAUCUCACCGGAAGCCGAAAGCCAUUUGGACGAAUACGAUCGUUACAACUUCGAAUACGAUAAAUAUCUAUACGCGGGCCAUAGCGGUAAGCAGAGAACAAAGAAGGAAGCUGAGGCGCACACCAAUCAUUUCGACCCCAAUGGCCAUACGAGGAAAAUCCUACAGAAACUCUCGAAUACCGAAGCGAACAAGAAACACAAGGUCUAAAAAGUGAGUUGAUCAAUCGAUUUUCCCUAUCCGAAAGACGAUUUUCUUGGCUGUAGUUAACCCGGACUGUGAUUUUUAUUUUUUAAUAUCGGACCUAUUUUGCGCUGUUGUCGAGUAUCGAUACCAGCCGCGUCCAUUUUUCCUCCUCCUACUCCGAACUGCAGAGGCCCCCUAACACUCUUAUCAAGGCCCACAAUGGAAGAAUAACGGAGUUAAUGACUGCUUUAAUUAUAACUGUGUUACAAUAUUAAUUUAAUAAAUUAUUACUUUAAUUGUUGUAAGGUUUUUACUGAUUGGUUCUUGUAUAUUUAUGUACAGGUUUAUUUUCUGUAUAGAUAAGUGUACAAGCAGUUUUUUUAACACUGGGUGUUAAAUAAUAAAAAAAAGUUUUUUUUUGUA